UUUACUAAGGCAGUAACUACGUAAUGGAAGAAAAAAAAACGUGCGCUUAGAAGACAAGCCAGCGGACUUGCAGGCCAGUUAGUUAGUUGAGCAGAAAUCAGCGUGCAGCACACACCCACGGCCGGACUGACCCACUCAUUCACUCUCUCCGCGACGGAGAAAAGGAACGAAGCGUCAGAAAACCAAUCGAAACAGCAAUCCGUCACCCGCCUCACUGAGAGAACUGGAGUUUAACGGGUUUUUACUAGAAGGCAAGAGAGUGACGGACUUUGCUGGACGGGACGAAGCGAGGAUACCACUGAACCGUUAGCCAGCGCGGUGACAGCCCGCAAGCCGGCCCCCGACACUAACGCUGACCCCAGCAGUUCAUAAUAAGUAUAACCCGUGAAUGCUGUAACCACAGCGCUGGCGCAGGUGGACCGGGAGAAAAUUUACCAGUGGAUCAAUGAGCUGUCUAGCCCGGAGACCCGUGAGAAUGCCCUCCUGGAGCUCAGUAAGAAGCGCGAGUCCGUGCCGGACCUGGCACCCAUGCUUUGGCACUCCUGUGGCACCAUCGCUGCCCUCCUGCAGGAAAUUGUCAAUAUCUAUCCUUCUAUCAACCCCCCCACGCUAACAGCACACCAGUCCAACAGGGUGUGUAACGCUCUAGCACUUUUGCAGUGUGUCGCCUCCCAUCCAGAGACGAGAUCGGCGUUUCUGGCAGCGCACAUUCCACUGUUCCUCUACCCCUUCCUGCACACUGUGAGCAAAACGCGUCCGUUCGAGUACCUGCGGCUGACCAGUUUAGGAGUAAUAGGAGCACUGGUAAAAACUGAUGAACAAGAAGUGAUCAACUUCCUGUUAACCACAGAGAUUAUUCCCCUCUGCCUUCGGAUCAUGGAGUCAGGCAGCGAGCUUUCCAAAACGGUUGCUACGUUUAUACUACAGAAAAUCCUCUUGGAUGACACGGGCCUAGCAUAUAUCUGUCAGACCUAUGAGCGGUUCUCCCAUGUGGCCAUGAUCCUUGGGAAGAUGGUCCUGCAGCUUUCUAAAGAGCCAUCUGCCCGGCUGCUGAAGCAUGUGGUGCGCUGUUACCUCCGUCUUUCCGACAAUCCAAGGGCGCGGGAAGCCCUCCGGCAGUGUCUUCCGGAUCAGCUGAAGGACACCACGUUCGCCCAGGUGCUGAAGGACGACACCACCACCAAGCGCUGGCUGGCACAGCUGGUGAAGAACCUGCAGGAGGGCCAGGUCACAGACCCCCGGGGCAUCCCUUUACCUCCACAGUAGUCCCGUAAGGUCCCAGCAGCGCGGAGAUUGCGGUCACUUGAUCCCCAGCUGGUCUCUUUAACACCUGAAUGCACUUCUGAUGUCUCGUGCUUUAUGUUUUCUGGGUGUGGCUUAACAGAAAGGGGUUUUAAAUUUAAUUUUAUUCUGUAGGCAAGCACUCAAGGCUUUGGACUGAUAGCGUGCAGCUAAGUUAACUGCUUCCCCUGCAACUUGCAGUGUUCCUUUUAUGGGGAAGCAAAGGCAAAGAAGCCAUUUCAGGAUGCUGUUUGGUUUGGGAGACCCUCAGGAGGGAUUCAUUUAUCACGUUUCUGUAUGAGUGACUGUAAAUUUACUGUAAAAUACUGUACAAAAAAGUGCCACCUUCCUAACUUGUAAUACAUGCAGGCAAAGUUUAUGGCAUUGAAGCCAUAAAGCCUGAAAAAAAAUAUUGUUUUUGAACCAUUCAUGUUUUUCACAUUAAUGAUGAAAGCAGCUGUGAGUGUGUGCUGCUCUUACUCAUGUCUAAGAUGAGCCCAGUCUCUUAGAAAUGUAAUUACACAGGUCUGAAUAAAACCUCCAGUGUUCUCUACCUA